AUGGGAAACUAUGUGUUUUUUAGCAUUACUACGUCAAGAGUGACAAAGUCAAGGGCGCAUAUGUUGCCAAGCUCGUGCGUGGUCAAGGCAAGGAGAUUGCUUGGGCCUCCCUCAACAAACAGCAAGCUCGCCGUGGCUUCCAGUGGAGAAGAUGAACAGGAUGCAAGAUGGGACUUCAUCAUCAGCAACGGUGAGAGAGACAAGGAGAAUUUGAAGCAGAUGCAAAUCUUGACCAUCUUGGAAGAUCUCUUGCCUCAUCUUCGUGGACAUUCCCUGUGGCUGCUCGGAGAGUCCGGUGUCGGCAAAACCCCUCUCGCUCGAAUUCUUUCCAUGAUGUUUUCGCAAUAUCAUGGAGGAAAUGGUCAGUUCAGGUCAGCCCCGGAGUUUGAUUUCUUUCGUGGCAUCUUCUUCGACAAGGCCACGCCUGCCAUUUUUGACGAUGGUGAAAUCGGUAAUGAGACCAUCAAAAAGAAAAAGGCGUUCUUAGAUGUGGGAGAUUCUGAGACCAUCCUGAAAGAAAGGUGGACGGCAGCGAAGUUCGUGCUGCAUCAACUUCGCAUCGUCGUAGACAACCAGUACAACCCAGAGGGUCAAGAAGGCGAUGUUGAUGGUGUUUUCUCAGCAGAAGUCUCCCAUAAGUCUUUCAUGAAGUUGGUCCGUCCAGCCGUGGGCUACAUCGCCAAUGCCGAUGCUAUGGCAAUUCUGAAAAGGGCUGCCUUCAUCGUGUUUGCUGAGAAGUACAUCUAUUUCCGACCACCCACUGAGAAGCAUGUCAAGGUGCAGCGUGUUUUUUGGACCAACUCAAAUUCAAAGGACAUUCUUCUUCCAGAUUGCAAGCCAACCCUGAAGAAUUGGAAAAAUGGUGGGCCUCAGCCGGAUUCUUAUUCCGCAUCUGUGGCGUGGGAGACUGAAUGGUUGAAAGAGCUAUUCCGUCGACAUGAUCAUCCUGUACGUCCUGCUUCGCCAGCUUGUCCUGCUACUCCUUUGACUUCCACGCCUGGUUUGGAUGCGUUGCUUCGGGCUGAUGGGGCAUUGCCUGCUGCACCUGCUUCUUCAAGGCCGGCAUCGAGUUCAUUGUCAAUUCCUCACCCUGCCCCUGCUCUUUUGGUUGGCGUACCUAAAUUGGAGCCAGCCGAGCAUCCGGAUGCGCAUGCAUGGUUGGCCACAGCGACACGUGGAGAUCCUGUGGAUGUAGACACAGAUCGUGCAAGUGCAGGUCCUGGCUGCCAGAAUGGCUUCAAAGAUGUGUGCUUGAUCAUGGCCAUGCAAAAUAUUGGUCUUCCGGUGGUUUGCGAUCAAGAUGGCCCAUUCUCAAUUUCCUACGGCAAUAGUCUGCCACUUCCCUUUGGCGUCCAAUUGUGUCAGAAGCAUUGUCGAAAGUCUUUGCCGGAUGGCAGCUACAUCGUGCAUGACAAGGACAUGAAGCACUUCUUUGCCUUGCAGCAUCGAAAAGGUUUGCUCCUCAAGAAGGAUGGUGAGGUCACCUCAGUGGUGUCUGUUGGUGUGGCAAUGGACAUGUUGUCUUCUGACCAGUACACCUUCUACUACUUGCGAAGGCAAUCCUACUCAGCAUUAAUGAUCUUGGAUGCUGUGGGAGAUUCUAGUCCGCAGACUUUCACAUGUCCUCUGAGCAAGUGUGUCUGUGAAGGUUAUUCUGGUUCCCUCAUCUAUCAUUUGUCUGUCGAUGUUGUGCUGUACGAUUUAGAUGGUCCUCGAAAAAUCGUCCACGUGCAGAAGAAUUAUACUUCCCGUUCUUGCCGGGCUUCUUAUGGCUACAACUAUCGCUGGGAAGCAGGCAAGAAGGUGAACGUCCUUGGCAUGAAGGAUUUUCAGGACAACAUUCUAUUUGUGAACUCGAAGAAGGCCUUUUCUUUGAAAUACAUCCAGUAUCAUGAAGAACUUCUGUUUCGCGGUCAUCUCUUAAGUGCUGUUGUGUCGUGUGCUUACCACGUUGUCCACGGAGAUUCCCAAGAGUCAAUCCUUCAGAACUUUGACAAGUUGCAUGCGUCUGCGUUGUUCUACUACAUGGCUGUGAGGGAGUUCAAGUUGUUGGACCUGCAUCAGGAGAUCAUGAUCGAACAGGAGAUCCAAGAUACCCAUCUUGACCUCUACGAUUCUUUUUGCCACUCAUCUACCUUUCCUCCACACAAGCGUCAGCAGGUGAAGACCUUAGUCCUUGAUGGAAACCAGAAGCUGAAGAUGCAGUGUGAUAUGGCGCCAAUGAAGCGCGCAGGCCGUCCUAGGAAGUCUGAGCACACCACCGGGCACUACACCAAUGGCUGGAUGCUUGCGUGUGAUCCGAAGUCCGGUCGCAUCAUCAGCUUGCAGGUCUUCUCGUGGUUCCGCAACUUUACCCCUAUCAUCAAUGAGAUGCGAGCCCACCGGCACAAAUUCUUCUUGUUGCUUCUGUCCAAACGUCACAACGAGUCCAUUGAGGGUGGCAACAUUCGGUAUUUGCAUCCAAUUCGCCUGCCAAACCUCUUCAAGAAUGCGAAGUCUGUCUCAUACCUAUAUGGAAAGAAGUCCAACACGAAGAAUGCAAUUGGCAAACCCUCGUCUGGCAACAAGAUGGUCAUGAAGGGCAAGUCCAUGAAGAGUAAAUCCAUGAAGUACAAGAAGUGA